AUGCCCCUUCAAGCCAGCGCCAAAUCACGUGCCAGGAGCAUCUCUAACCCUUCGUCCUGGAAGAAUCGUUCGCAACCUCCUACGCCGUCGUCGCAGCACUAUCCGCUGCUGGCUCCUGCGCCUAUCGCCCAUCGCCAAGGUCUUCCAGCAUGGGAUCGGACUUUCGACGCUGUUUACCACAGUGUAGUGAAGAAGACAAGCUUCGAACAAGUUCUCGGUUCCUUUUUGGAGGAUCAUGCUCGAAAGAAGUCUCGUUCUGGAUACUUUCGUCUUCCAGACUCGGUUCGGUUCAAAAUCUGCCAGUAUCUGCUUCCCGAUAUUGAAAAGCCUAUUCGCUUGAACAAGCACUCUUUCAACCGUGAUGUUUGGCGUAAGCAAGAUUUUGAAACGCCGAACUCGACGCUCUAUGAGCUCUCUUGCUACUUCCAGGUCUCCUUCGCCUUUCGUGCAGAUGUCCUCGUCACUUUUCUUUUACGAACAAGACUUCACGCCGUCCUCUCACCGUUUACUGGACCAAAAAUUAGCCCGCUUGCGACGACAUGGCUCAACCGCUAUGGGAUGUACGCCAGCAACAUUGCCAUCGAGCUAGACCUGACGCAUCUGGGUUGUGGUUCUGACCCUGCCGCCAUAGACCUCUCCCCAAGUCUUGAGCAUGUCGAAAACCUGCUGCAAGAUUUCGUCUCGGCACAACUCAAGCGCAAAGAAUCGUGUCCUAUGGGGAGCCUAGUUCUUCUUUGCCGACGUUUCCACGGAAGGCGACCCCUGAGAAUCACGACCGGACGGUAUACCAUAAGCAACAGUCGACCAGCUUCACGAAGCGCCAAAUCUCCAGAACCUUACAGCCCAAGAGCAAUGACACCCCGACGAUACGAAUCCGAGUCUGAGAGUGAAGCACUACGAAGUCCUGUGCUGCCCGAAAUUCGCAGCCCAACCCUCCCCUCACUGCCGAUGGUCGAAGAGUACUGCCCUGACUCGUAUCUCCUUUUCUGCAACAGCGUACUCCACCUCAAAGGGCGCAUUGCUUCUAUUCGCAUGUGUGGCUUCAGCGAUGAAUAUACAGCUCGAUUUAUUGGAACACUCUUCUCUGACGAGAACAAGAACCUUGCCUAUCGCGUUGCGCCAUCGACGAUCUGGCCUAAACUAAACGGCCAGAAAUCUUACGUUGACCUAGGUAAUGGUAACCUGGCGGUGGAUGAACACGAGGUGCCAGCCUCCGAUGAUAUACACAGCUCUUUACGCAAAUGGGAAGGUUGUGUUCAACUUCCACCACCUCUAAUCGAUGCCAAGGGGUACCUUCUUCUCCCAGCUCUCGUGGGUGAUCUGCAACAGCUGAGGAAUGCUGUUCCCAGGAGUGGAACCAGUUUAUCAGAACGGACGUGCGAAGAACUGAGCAAAGCAGGCACAAAGGGGAGCGAGACGUCAGAGAAGAAGAAGCUCGCGUGGUUCAAGAGCAAUUACGCCAUCGGAAAGCUCAAGAAGAAGAGAGCCAUGAGCAAGGAAGCUGCUGCAACAUAUUAA